AUGAAAUCUCACAAUUUACCCCAUGAGACCGAUUAUAUUGUGAUUGGAGGUGGAACGUCUGGGUUAGUCGUUGCUUGUCGACUAUCAGAGAAUCCUAGUAUCCGUAUCACGGUAUUAGAGGCUGGCCCAGAUUGCAGGCAAGAUCCGAGAAUACAAACUCCUGAUGCCUGGGAUACUUUGUCCGAAUCCGAAUUGAAUUGGAAAAUGAGUUUCAUUCCUCAGACUGGCCUUCACGAUCGCGGUCAAGAUCACCGAACUGGGAAAGUACUUGGGGGCUCAUCGGCAAUCAAUGGACUAGUAUUUGUGCCUCCAUCUCCAGCGGGUAUCGAUGCUUGGGCAAAGCUUGGAAAUGAUAAAUGGACAUGGGAAUCCCUGCGCCCUUAUCUCCAGAAGUGCUAUGCCGUCACCGCACCGGAGGGACUACCCCUUUUCCAUAAACAGGAACACGAUGCAGCUGCGGGCCCUAUACAAAUUAGUUGCCCUAUGGCCGAUGAUAAGAUUGGAAUGCGACUUACUCAAGCAUGGGACGAUGCGUUCAGGUCCCAGGGAUAUGAGACCAAUAAUCCCGACCUUCUCGCCGAAAAUACAACGACUGGGACCAGGCCAUUGUUUUCUACUAUCGAUCCCAAGACCGGCAAGCGCAGUAGUGCUGACAGCCAGUAUGGUACUAUAGCCGCAUCUCGUCUGAAUGUGAGAAUUUGCACUGAAACCACAGUGCAAGAGAUCUUAUUUGAUUCCUCAUCUCUGGAUUUACUGGCAACUGGCGUCCGCGUCAAUUACAAUGGGGAGACUAUAACCAUAAAGGCAAAUAAAGAAGUGAUCUUGGCUGCCGGGGCCUUUUGCUCGCCCAUGAUUCUAGAGCACUCUGGUAUAGGGGACAGCGAGUGGCUGGGCCACCUCAGCAUUCCAGUGAAGAUCGACCAGCCUAAUGUGGGACGAAAUCUUCAAAAUCACCUGAUGAACAUUAUACCUGUUCCUAUCAAAGCCAAAUCUGGAAUUGAAGACGCCAAACUCGGAUUAAAGGGGUUGGGGUUCAUGAGGGUUUCUCCAAACGAGCAAGACAAGCUUCUCGGUGCGUAUACCGAGACCGAGGGCAGGCCCAACGAAACAAUCCGAUCGAUUAUCCAACAUCCUAACGAGGCCUCCGCCAGUACCUUGCUUUCUCUCAUAUCUCCAGAGCUAGCUGUUGUGGGCGUCAUUAACAGCUAUCCAUUUUCACGAGGAAGUCUGCACACGAGUUCCAAUGGGUUUAAAGAAACGCCUAUUGCGGAUGCGGCUUUCUUAAGCAACGAGCUAGAUCUCGAGUUAUUAGCUCGGAAUGUGCGAAAUAUGUACGACUUGAUUAGAUCUCCGGAGCUUGGUCAAUACCUCGACCUGGGCGAUGUACCCGAUGAUAUUGAGUCAAUAAAGACCAGCAUUCGCGCGAACGCAUUGGCCACUAAUCAUAUCUGCGGGACACUCGCGAUGUUUCCUCGCUCUGCUGGGGGCGUGGUGGAUCAAGAUUUGAAGGUUUAUGGUACACAAAAUCUACGCGUUGUUGAUGCGAGCAUUUUCCCCCUUACUCCUCAUGCUAAUCCUUUGGCCACUGUCUAUGCUGUGGCUGAGCGGGCUGCUGAUUUGAUUCGAGGAUUUUGA